UGAUUUAUUAUAUAUACCCCUUGGUAAGAAUAUAAAUGUUAUAAUUAUUUAGUUCAAUAUUAAUAUUUACUUUACUGAACUCAUGCCUUUAGAAUUUCUGGCAUCAUAAAUUUAAAAUAAAAAUCUGAGAGUUUGGGAAGCAUGUUCUUGUUCCAUAAUUGUUUGUCAAAAUUAAUUAUUUCUAUAAAAAUUUCUUUUUGUAUAUAAACUAUGAAAUCUACAAAAGGUAACUGGCAUAGUGCCAUUACACCUAAACAUUGAAAAUAGUAUUGAUGAUUUUUUUUAACAUUGGCUUUCCAUCAAUAAGGGUCAUGUAAAAGGUUUUAUCAGAACAUGCCUCUUCAACGGUCAUGUCCCUUUGAACAUUUUCAACGGUCAUGUCCCUUUGGACAAUAUAUUUUCAAUUGCAUACCAUUCGCCAUUUAGUAAACUCAACCCAUCAGGACUGCAAGCCAACCAGGGCCAUUGUGGGUUGAUAAUGAGUCCACAAUCAUAAAGUUUAGCAUUGGGAAGUUUUUCAUUGUACUUCUCCUUUGCAACUUGUUCAUUUUCUAACCCCCAUUGACAAGCUGGAGUUGGCCCAUAGUUUCUUUCUCAAUUAUCUUUACUUCCUCCUUUGACACACAGACAACAGUUACAAACCUGCGACGUGGUCCAUCGACAUCAGACCUUUCAACUUUGCAGAGAAGUUAAGAGUGAGAUCGGGGAUGUGGAUGACAUGCACAUUAUGAGAGUUGGUAUUUUUUAAUGAAAUACAUUGCUUCAUAACGUCCUUUAAGACACUCUUGGCACUUUAGUUACAGUAACUGUAUUUCUGUGACAUACAAUAAUCAGCUUUAAUUUGCCUUUGAUAAUUUACAAAUAGAAUUCUGCUCGGACAGAUUCUGCCUUUUGUCCACAAUAUUUACAUAUGUGUACUAUUUUGUAUCCAAAUAUUGUUGGGCCGUAUAUGCAGGAAGAAGAACACACAAUUAUAUAUUUGACUCGUGAUCCGUAUAAUGAUUAAUAAUGUGCAUUUAAGAAUACAAUAUUAUAUUAUUGAAAAAAAUACUAUGAAACUGCGUGAGAUUUACUAAACGUGGUGUGAGAGCGUAAGAGUGAAGCGAAUUGUGUGAGACUCACGCCGAAUGUGUGAGAGUUGAGAGGUCUGCGAUAUGUUUCCACUUAAUUUCUUGUGCUAAGCCAUCAAAAAUCUCUUGUCUUUGGUCGACUGGAGUUUUCAAUGAAGUUGGCAAUAUUGUACAUGGUUUGCAAUCACUGUCACAAAGUAAUGUACUAAGAAGAGUAUUAGAACCAGUUAAACUAUCUUUCAAUUUUGUUAUCCUUUCAACACUUAUUUCUCUUGCCAUAGGUGGGGUAGCACAGUAGCCAUCUCUUGAUGCAGACAAAAUAGGUCUUUUCCUUUUACUAUUAUUGUCCCUUUCAAAGUUAGCCUUUUCAAAUUUCAAUUCAGUAAAUAGUAAUGGUCCGUGUGUAUCCAUAUUUCAUGCAACAUUCCAUUGCUGUAAAACAUCAGUACAGUUUUUGUCAUCGGGGACAACACUUAAACCAAUUUCCACAAAGUCAUGUACUUGAAACAGAGUAGCUGCGACAUGUUUACAACACCCCCCAGCCUUGCAAGAACACUUUGCUUUUACAACUUUACCAUCUGUUUAGGAGAGAUGGACAUAGACAGUGUAUGAUUGCUGUUUCACGCACACACAAGGCUCUUACCCAAAAAGAGUUUGGAGUUGGCUUGCACAUUCGGUUUGACACGAAAUGUUUUUACAUAAUUCUCUUUAAAUAAGCAAUAUCCCAUUUUCUUGUGAUGGGCAGCAGUAGGACGAUUCUAUUUCGUCAUCACUGCAUCCAGGAUCCCAUGAGAUAGCACGCACGCAUGCGCCAUCAGUGCGACACAAAAACGCUGUCAGGAAGAAGCUCUUUUUCAUGCUUAUAUCGUUUUUUUGUUUUUUUUCUUUCAUUUUGACCAGAGCCACCUGAGGGUUUGUGGCUAAUCUUACAUAAAUCAACUCACAAGAAUGUCAAGGUGACAAAAUGAGUGACGAAGAUGAAUUCCAUCACCUGAAUGACGAAGCCGAAGGUCUUGAAGAACAGUCUAGCGAAGAUAAAAUGGCGGGAAUACUACAAGGACUUCAAUCAACUGUGAAGGAACUCACACAGGCGCCCCGUUCAGACAGAAACGUUGAGUAGUAUCAGAGAAGACCUCCUGCUUCAAUCUGAUGCAAUAGAUCAGGACGAGCAAAGCGGCAACAGCACAGAAAACGGCCUAAAUGUCAGCUCAAUCAUUGCUAACUUGCUUGACUCGAGCACAGAGCACGAGGCCCCAAAGUCUAGCCCUGAUGCAGCGGUAGACAAUGACAUAAUUGAUAGCCUGACUCAGGCUUACUUAGCAAAUCCGAAACAGUUCCCACCUGUGGAGACUAAAAUUGCUACCUUUAUUGAACAAGUCUUGACAGGAGAAAUACCCACCACCAGAUAAUUGCCAACACCUCACAACCGUAAUGGUUAAUGAGGAAAUAUGGGACUUGUUGUCGAGGAAAAGCAGAACAGUUGAUCUUGGAUUUCAGAAAUUUCAAGGGCCCUUUAUGCAAGGGUUAUCAACUCUAACUAUCCUGGCCGAUAGGCUGUUAAAGGAUGUUAAAAAUAGCAAAAACACCAACAUUCGUGAAGUCUUGCAACAACUUAUGGAUGGCAUUGUCCUACUAGGAAAUGCAAACUGGAACUUAAUCAUGAAGAGGCGAGAGUUCAUUAAAUCCGAUUUGAACCCGCCCUACACACAACUGUGUAAAGAGGAUAUUAAACCCACUACCAAGCUAUUUGGGGAUGACCUCUCCAAGCUCCUUAAGGAAAUGUCGGAAGCCAAAAGGGCUGCCCAGCAAAUACAGAAAACUGUGUCUUCUGCAAAGGUUAUGAAAAAUCGAGGCUACCGGUUUAAACCAUAUGAUAAACCGACAACCAGUUUUGGCCAGACUUGGCAACCUGCAAACAAGUCGUACAACUACAAGCGUCCUUUUUUAGGACACAGUUGGGCGACCAGCCAAGCAACGACCGAGAAGGCAGAACAACCACAACAACAAAUCCCAGUAACCCAAGAGGUAAUAUUUAACUAUUCUAACACUAAUGAUUUGGUUAAUAUAUCAACUAGUGCAUUGCACAACUCAUGCAUGGUCCUUUCAAGCUGGUCAAGUGAGACACUUUAUACAGAAUUGGGCCAUACUGACUAGUGACCCAUUUUAAAUGCUGUAAAGCAUUAUCACAUUGAAUUUGAGGGGGAUUUCCCUGUACAAACACAAAGGCCUUAUCAAAUCAGAUUUUCUGCAGAGGAAACACAAAUAAUAGAUUCAGAAAUCUUGAAAUAUUUAUCAAAGCAUGUUAUUGAACCUGUUUGUGUGACUCCAGAAAGUUUUGUAUCCACCAUUUUCAUUAGGCCUAAAAAGGAUGGUUAA